CCUCAUCCCAUGGUAAAGGAUUCAUAUCAACAUCAACCAUCAUGUCUUAUAUAACAGAACUCUGUCCCGCAUGUCGCAGUGUCUUAUGUCCCGAAAACGAAAUACGGGACGAGGGGUAUGCAACAGUUGAACUGAAGCCUGAAGCGUUCCAAUCAGCCGUCAAACAAGGCUGCGCUAUCUGCUCCAUUAUAUGGAACAAAACCGAACAACAGGCAAAGACCUGGUUCCAAACUCUACCCGAGGCUUGCAUUAAACUAGAGUUCGAUUAUUCCUCUAUCGAACCAAAGGGAACCUCGCUUUUUGUUUAUUAUACUUAUCCUACAUCAGAUUCAUUCGAUAUCCUGUCCUUUCAUAUCAUUCCAGCUGAUGGUGUGCCUAGGAUUGAGCCAAGUACUUCAUCAACUAGCUCAUUGACAGCAGCAUACAAUUGGUUCCAGGGUUGUUGUUCCACCCACACAAACUGUAAUUCGAAAAUAUUUGCAAAGGCCGGGUGGUACCCAACUCGUCUCGUCGAUAUCGGUCAUAAGGAAAGUUCUCAUUGGAGGCUUCUGGUUGUCUCCGAAGACGGGAUCUCUCCGCAGUCAGCUCCGUAUAUGACACUAAGCUAUCGAUGGGCACCAAACCCCAAGCCGAUCCUCUUGGCUUCUAAUAUCGACGAAUUCCGUCAUGGUAAACCAAUUAAAGAUUUUCCCCAAACAUUUAGAGAUUUUAUCGUCGUCGCACGAAGAUUCUCUAUUCGAUAUAUCUGGAUCGACGCACUUUGCAUUAUCCAAGACUCCAGGGGAGACUGGGAGAUAGAAGCACCGACUAUGAGAUUUGUAUACGCCAAUUCUAUAUGUAAUGUUGCGGCAUCAGUAUCAAACUCGCCCAACGAAGGGCUUUUCCGCUCACGGGAUAUAGACAAACUGAACGUGAGAAUAGUGCCCUGUUCACUAUACUCCGGCAAAGAAGAACCGUCUUAUAUUUAUGAGGAAUUCUGGGACGAGACUAUUCCUGAAGCACCGCUUCAUAAGCGAGGUUGGGUCCUCCAAGAAUGUAUACUUGCCUCCCGUGUCCUAUAUUUUGGAAAGAAUCAGAUCUUUUGGGAGUGUCUGACUAGACGGAAAUGCGAGCUUCUCCCGAAUGGUCUUCCUUUAGAGGAACCAUCCAGGAGAGACUUGAUAGACCUGUUACAUCAGGCAGAUACCUCUAACUCACGGAAGAUGAGCGAUGACCUAAGUGAACUCUGGAUCCGGUAUGUUAAUGAAUAUUCUCGAUGUACGUUGACAAACCCGUCGGAUAAAUUGGCUGCGAUAGCAGGCAUUGCCCAGUUAUUCCAGGAUUUCACGGGCGACGAAUAUAUCGCUGGCCUGUGGAAGUCAAGACUAGUUGAGAUGCUGAACUGGCGGGUUCUCAUGCCGCGAGAACUUAAAUCCCUGGACUAUCGAGCGCCAUCAUGGUCCUGGGCUUCAACGGAAGGAGAUUUAAAUUUUGAAGUUCACUAUGACGUUGAAUUACCUGAACUAGUUGAUGUCCCUUUGCCUGGACCAUUUGAUGUGCGCCUGCCUGAACUACUUGAUGUCUGCGUUCGAGCGCGGGGUCCGCACAAUAUGACAGGCAUCUUGGAAGGCUCUAUUACGUUAAGAGCUAAUAUACUUGUAGUCACUUCUGGUGGUAAUCAAGGCCAUGAUAGAUACUCUGUAUUCGACGAUACUGGACGGUCCAUUUGUCUCGAGUUUUACCCAGACAGACUAAAUAUCGACUUGCCAGAGGGAGAUAAACUGACUUUAAUGCAUCUUCGUCCUAAAUGGGGGUGGUUUUUGCACUAUCUCGUUCUAGUGGAAGUUUUUGUUCCAGCUGGCUCAGAAGUUCAAUAUCGGCGUGUGGGAUAUGCUUUCCCCGAAAACGAGAAGUAUGAAGAGGAAUGUAAGGAUGAGUAUGACUAUUUCAUGAGCCGUAGUUCAGUUGAGAACAUUACUAUUGUGUAA